AUGCGGUGCUAUUGUGCAACGUAUAAAAUACUUUUGGUCACUGCUCUCGUUUGCCUUCUGACAUUUGGAGAGUCUAAGCCUGCCUCAAUCAACCGUGUCGCUAGCACUUCUGUAUCACGGUGUCUCAAGAACGCGCCUCGUAUCACCGAACCACCUAUACCAGGUCCGAUCGAAUUGAAAAAGGUCAAAAGACAGGAGUUGGGUUCCGACACAUAUAAGCCUUUUACUUGUGCUGGUUCUGGCCUCUGCACAUCCCUAAGGCGUGAGUCAAUCGACUACAUUGGAUGCUGCUAUGGGGAGGGCGAUUGCGAUAUAUAUACUGGCUGUUAUGAUGGAGAGGCCACUAUGGGAACCAGGACGACUGGCCCGCAUAUCCUCUCCUGUCUUGGGACAAGGCCCUUCUGCGCUACUCUAUUAUGGCCACAGGAGCCCAAGACUGCAUAUAUGUGUGCUGAGCAACCCAGUACGAUAACCGUCGAUCGGACCGCAGAUUCCCCAACUCCGAGUUCAACUAAUCAAGAUCAAUCUACUGCCUUUGAACCAACAUUUGGACCAGGCCCUCCAGACAUUACAGGUGCUCCUCCAUCGCCUGGAGGUGGACCAAGACCAAUCGCAGCAAAUCAAGACCUUACAAAAGGUCAGAAGAUAGGUAUUGGCGCGGGAUGCGGUGCAGUGGGUCUGCUGUUUGCCGCUGCGCUAGGGUACUGCUGUUGCUGCUCAAAGAAGCGAAGGCAAAAGAAUGCUCCCAAGAAUGUUUCUGAGACUCGCAUAGUUACAGCUAGCGAAGUGUUAGAAACUAAGCCAAAUGUAACAGAAUCACUUUAG